AUGGCGUACCAACCUCAACAGCCAAUGCAGCCAAUGCAGCAGCCUUUUGAGCAGGACAUGGGCGGCGAGUGGAAGAGCUCUCUAUUCGUCGGUCAGACCUCAGAACGUCUCCGCGAUCCAACCAUGCAGACAGCCCAGGACCUCAACAACGACUGUUUGAUUCACGGCGGCCUGUGCUUUUUCACGGGUUUCCACUGGGUGUACACAAUGCUCAAGCGUACAGAGAUCAGGGAGCGGUUUGGUAUCCCGGGCAGCAGUUUUGGCGACUGCUGCACUGCCUUUUGGUGUCACUGCUGCGCCGUUAUUCAGCAGGAUAAUGAGGUCAAGGCCCGUCUGAGGCCCGCCACCGGCCCCGUACACACGCCAUACCAGCAAGAGCAGGGUAUGAUGGUCGUGCCCCAGGAACCUCCAACCCCAGCGUACGCACCGCCGCAAAAGGAGGGCUACACGGACAGGCCAUAA